UACUGCAUAAGUUCGCGCGCUCAGUGAAAGCAACAGGUACCAUUCAGUAAUGUCAGUUGUUAGUAAAAUUAAUUUGGCCUGUACCUCUGCAGGAAAGCUGUGAAGCUCGCGCAUUAUCAGCAGUUGUGAUUUAGUACCUGAACUGUUCGGACAGUGCCUGUAACAAGUGUGGCCUCAUUUUGAAUUCUUACCACCAUACAAUAAAUUAGAUUAGGAUGCCGUCGUUAAUGAGUGUAGUAAUAGAAAAUUACAAUGAACUAGUGGAAUCCAAAACAGAUCCAAUAAUGGAUUCCUGGCUCUUCAUGAAGUCCCCAGUACCAGUGAUAUCGAUUCUAGUCGCGUAUUUAUAUUUCGUUCUAAAAUUAGGGCCACAGUUGAUGGCAAACAGGCCGGCAUUCAAUUUGAAGGGUGUUAUCAUAGCUUACAAUGCGUAUCAAGUUUUAUUUAGUUUAUGGCUGUGUGGACAAGUAUUUUACUUCAAAUCGGUGAUAUUCCAGCUUUUCGGACAGUCCUGCAGGGGUGAAUCAACCAAUGGAGAAGUUAAUACAUUUAUGGCGUCGUGCGUGUGGUGGUACUUCAUUUCGAAAAUAGUUGAACUAUUGGAUACAGUAUUUUUUGUGCUGAGGAAAAAACAGUCACAAGUCACAUUCCUUCACGUGUACCAUCACGGAAUCAUGAUGUUAUUUACUUGGAUUUACCUCAAAUUCUUAUCAGAUGAACAGGGUCUCUUCAUAGGUUUCCUAAACUCAUUUGUGCAUGUUAUCAUGUACUCUUACUAUUUGAUAGCAGCACUGGGUCCCCAAUAUCAGAAAUACCUUUGGUGGAAGAAAUAUAUGACAUGGAUUCAACUGACACAAUUUUGCAUAAUGCUGGUAUAUCUGUUCUCCAUUCCAAUGAUGGGCUGCAAACUGUCCAAAUCAGUGACCUUCUUCUUCGCGGGCAACGUUGCUAUAUUCCUAUACCUCUUCGCUGAUUUCUACCGGAAGGCCUACACCAAGAAAAGUAAAAACGCCUCAUCUAUUCCAAAUGGAUGUGUAAAAGCGAGUAAAUUGGAAUAACGAUGGAGAAUUUUAAUUUAUUUUUAACUAAUUUAUAAAUAUUGUACAUACACAGUAAGGAUUGUUGUGACUAUUGUAAGUUUUUUAUUUGUUUAACGUGGUGUAUUCAAAUAAAUACGAUUAAAUUUUAA